UUCCAUGUCCUUGUCCGUACUGACAUAUGAUCAAGGCUUCUAUUCAGGCCAGGUAGUGCCCCCAUUGUAUUGCCGGCUCUGCUAAUAUACGAUACCAAGUGUAUCCAAGCAGAUUCUCUACUAUCUUAAAUCGUGCAUCAUUAUCAUCCAUCCAUUCAUCCAUCCACUUUCUGCUGCUUAUACAGGGACAGAUUGCAACGGCAGCAGGCCAAGCAAGUCCAGAUGUCCCAUGCAAGGUCUUUCAGCUCCGUCCUGGAGGAUCCUGAGACAUUCCCAAGACAAAUUAGAUAUAUAAAACCUUGAGCGUAUUCUCGGUCUAUCCCGGGGUUUCCUAUCAGUUGGACACCACCUCAGCUGCCUCAUUUCAAUGUGAAGUAGCCGCUCUACUCCGAGCUUCCUCCGAAUGUCUGCUCCUUUCACUAUCUCUAAUGGCGAGCCCACUCACCCUAUGCAAGAAACACAUUUCAGCCAUGUAUAUUUGCAAUCUCAUCCUACCAGUCAGUAACCGAAGCUUGUGACCAUUUGUGCAGCAUCAUACUCCUGCCAGAGCUGGUACAUUUUGGAUUAGGUGUAAUUGUCCUCAGCUCUAUUUGGAAGUCAGACUGUUCUCAGGUUCUUUUUGAAUGGAGACUCUUCUUACAAAAACCUAGUCUAAGCAUGUUGGAUUUGGGUAGAUCGCAGGACCGUUAAAUAAGAUAAAGGCAAUGAAAAAGCAUGGUUUGGUGGCCCGGCAAAAAUGUGACAUCAGAUUGGAUGUUAGAGUUGCAUUCGUUGCCGGCGUAAGACAGCCAAAGCAGAAAAUAUUGUCAGCAGCUACAUCCAAGAUCAAGAUCAGUAUUAAUUUCCACAAUGUCUGAGGAAAUUGCUACUAAGAAGUUCUGCCACCAGCACUAGCUGAGAGGAUCAGCCUGCGGGCAGAAAUAUUGAUGAAGCUAGUGGCAAUGUUGGCUGUAGCAGCAACAUCAUUAGACAACUGUCAAGGAACAGACUUAAAACUAGAGCACACAUGAACACACAGUAAUCCACAGAAAGAAUUGAGAAGUUUUGUGUCAGAUUUGCAGAGAAGCAUCAGGAACUGGUUAUUUUUUUCAAAAAGGCCACAUGGCAUUGAUUAUGUGGGUUGCAACACAUAUUGGAACAAUUCAAAAAGCAGCAGAAGUCAGACUGUCAUUGUAAACCUGCUUCCAAAAUUCCAAGCAAACAAACGGUUGUUGUAAUGCUGAGGCCAGGCAAGUAGAGAGCCAUGCAGGUGACUCACGCAGUCCUGAACAAGACAUUCAGGUUUGACAAUGUUACCCCAUGCAUGGACACAAUAUGAGACACAGUAUCAAACUUUGUUAGUCCAUCGAUCAGUAACAGAGAAGAUAACCCUGAAAUAAUCCAUUCAAACUGCGUGAAAUGGGUGAGACAAGAUGCUACAGACAAAAAAAUUUAAAAAAAAGGAAUGUAUUAAGACAUAAUAAGGAGUCUGAUGAAAAAUACUCAGAACAGCCAUGUUUACUUUAGCCACCUUACAGGAGGUCUACGGAUGGCAAUGUCUGCUGGUUCACCAACUUGGUCCAGACUGAAAUAGCUCAAAGAAUACUGGAUGAACUGCAGUGAAAUUUUGUACACAUAUCCAUCGCUCCCAGGGGACAAAGACGUCUGACUUUGGUGAUCCGCUGACUUUUCAUCCUGCGCCACCAGGAGAUUAACAUUGGUGGUUUUGAUUGAAAUGUCAUGACAACUGUUGGAUGGAUUGGCAUUAAAGUUGGUACAGACAGUCAUGGUUCACAAGAGGAUGAAUCCUACUGACUGGUGUGCUCACUUACCUUUUUAUCUAGCAUCGUCACUGAGAAAGAUGAAUGCCUUCCUGCUGCUUGGCUGCUUUGUCCUCGCCACAACAGAGUACUUCCUUGGCUCUGCCCACAUGAUCCCAGAGGACAGACUCUCCACCAAUAGGGUUGUUGUAUCUAAUGUUCUGUCUCAAAGCCUAGAGAAAGGAACACCCCCUGUUGUCAUUGUUGAGCUACCCAAAUCAGUGAAGACCAACAAAAAAGCAAAGAAACAAAAAAAGAACAAAUUUGAUGUGAAGCGCCCUCCUCCUCCUGCUGACUGCAUUCCCUUGUGGGGAAACUGUAAAUCUGCAGGAAAUGUGUGCUGUGAUUUCUGUGCCUUCUGCCAGUGUCGGCUCUUCAGAACCGUCUGUUACUGUCGAAUGGGCAACCCUCGCUGCUGAACAGCCAACUACACCCUGAUCCAACUCCAAGCUAACAGAUCAAAACUUCAUGCUAAAGCAAACCACUUGAAGUGAGGUGAAUCACUUCUUGGUUUGGUCCUUGGUUUGUAACUUUGCCUAAAAUUCAUUGCAUGAAAGCACUUUAUCACAAAGGACUGCACCACAGUGAACUUUCCAAAAAUCUUACAGGGUGUAAUGCUUUUAGCACUGCUAUGAAACUCGCAAAUAAAAUGUUUAAAACAUGUUUUUAUUUUACUUUGAGCUUUUAGCAUGCAGAAAAUAGAAUAUGUUUGCUCAAACAGUUUUAUAUAUUGCUUUAUUUUUACACAGAAAUACACAAAUAUGCAGUAUUAUACUUUAAGGGGUAUCAAAUAUUUUAAGAAGCCUUGUAAGAAUAAAGUCCCUGUACUAUGUUUUAUACGACAGUGUUUUUUAAACUUAGUGUCUAGACCACUGGGCCAAUAUAAACGUUUAAUUUAAUCUUAGAUGUUUGCUGAAAUUCCCAAUUAUAGUGAUGUGAAUUCACAGAUGUAUAAAGGAUAAGGUGUCAACAAAGGAAAAUACAAAGCUUUUCUCUCAAUACUCUGACUUCCCUAACUUGUCUGUGAGACUCAGGUCUAAGUACAAUGGCUCCUUCCUCAAACACUUCACAAUUAUAUGGUUUCCUUUCUCAAAAAGCCUCACUAAUUUCUGGGCACUGUCGUUAUUUGCAAAUGUUACUCAAACAGAACGAAAUAGUUCAUUUGUUGGGGACUUUUUUUUAGCGGUGGAUUAACACACAAUUUGGUGAAGGAGAGUGCAUGUGGGAUUGAAUCAAAGUAAACUACACUGUGUGUUCAUGGUAAUGAAAAAAGCAUGUCUCCCAGUGUAAUAGUGUGGUUAGUUAAAUGUUUUUUUAAGAGUUUUUAGACAACAAUGGAAUUCUAUGUCACGGAGUAGGAAGUUAUAUCUGAAUUUGGACACAGACAAUACUAUCUCGGCUGAAAGAGAAAAGAUCUGACUUUAGUCAGAUCUUUUGAUGAAAUGGAUGCUAAUGCUGAAAGAAUACAUUUAAUUGAAUAAAAAUCUAAUUAAGGCAAAGCACAGGAUGUGCAGUCUAGCUUUCUCAGAAGCACCAGAAAUAUUUUCUUUUUACCCCUCAAACAUUUAUUAUGUUGUUUGUUGUUUGUCUGUUUUUUUUUUUCUCUAUUUAC